UUUCUUUUUUUCUCUCCUUCUCUCCUUCUCUCGGCCGAUCCGCCCUAUUUUACUCCUUGCCAUUUCUUCCCCUGAUAGCUAGCUGCUCAUAGGCCUGCAGAUAGUUUGACGAAGGAUUCUCAGGUUUCUAAGCUCGGGAAGCGCUCGAAUUGCCGUCAUGAUCAACCCCCACCGUUAACUUGCAGCAGAUCUUCGACAAUUCGAUCGCUUAUCCAAGCAAUAGCAUUCGAUCGUUCUACAUUUUUGAAACUCUGAGGUUCCAUACAUCGUCUACCAAGAUAUUCGAUGCAGUCGCUGGUUGGAGAUCUACAAGUGCAAUGAGAUGGUUGAGCUCAACCAGAGUCAUUUCGGAUUGUUUGUCCUCUGUUUUCGGGAGUUCCUCCUAGAACUUUGUAUUUCCCGGAGCUAUUGGCUAUCGAAAUGAGCAGAGAGAGGGUUAAUACCUGUUGGAUUUCCUCUAUUUUCAUAAUCGUUGUCAUUCUUUUAGGGUUUUCGACCUGCGUGAGGUGUCAAAACGACCCAGAUUUCAGCGAAGCGACCAAUCCUGCGGUUCUUCCACUCCUCACGAGCCUAUUGUACUCACGCUUCUCGAAUCUCACAGGUCUAUUUAGUGGGGAGAUCAAACAACAUUUGGGAUUCUGCAUAAAGGAUCCGGAAGUGGAUUGGAAUGGCGCGUUCAAUUUCUCAUCGGAUACAGAAUUCAUAUCUAAUUGCAUUAAGAAGACGAAAGGAGAUCUCCCUCGUCGCUUGUGUACAGCAGCAGAUAUCAAGUUUUAUUUCAGUACUUUCUUCCAAAGAGGAUCGAAGAGUACAAAUUACUUGAAACCUAACAAGAACUGUAAUUUGACUGCAUGGGUCUCUGGAUGUGAACCUGGAUGGGCGUGUAGGGUUGCCGUUAAUCAGAAGGUUGAUCUAAAGAAUUCACGUGACGUGCCCCAUAGGAUUGUUGAUUGCAAGCCCUGUUGUGAGGGGUUCUUUUGCCCUCAUGGCAUUACUUGCAUGAUACCUUGCCCGCUAGGUGCUUAUUGCCCUCUUGCAAAACUCAACAAAACUACUGGCGUAUGCGAUCCAUACCGUUACCAACUACCUCCUGGAGAACCAAAUCAUACCUGUGGUGGAGCAGAUGUUUGGGCUGAUGUUUCUAGUAGUACUGAGGUAUUCUGUUCCGCAGGAUCGUACUGUCCGUCGACCAUACAAAAAAUUCCUUGCAGUAGUGGACAUUACUGCAGGAUGGGUUCUACAUCUCAAGCAAGGUGCUUCAGGUUGGCUUCUUGUGAUCCAAACACUGCAAAUCAAAACAUUCAUGCAUAUGGUGUCAUGCUUUUUGCUGCAUUGAGUACUUUGCUACUCAUUAUCUAUAACUGCUCUGACCAAGUACUCACAACUCGGGAAAGAAGGCAGGCCAGAUCUAGGGAAGCUGCAGCAAGGAGCGCCAGAGAAACUGCACAAGCACGUGAAAGGUGGAAAUCAGCGAAGCAGGUUGCCAAGAAGUCUGCAAUUGGAUUGCAAACCCAGUUAUCACGCACUUUUUCUCGUAAAAAAUCUGUGAGACAACCAGAGCCACUGAAGGGUCUUGGUCAAGCCAAGCCUGGAACUGAUGAGGCCUUAUUACCACCAAUAACCCCAGGUCCAUCUCAGCAAUCAUCCACAGCGUCAAAGGGGAAGAAGAAGGAAUCGAGUAACCUCACAAAGAUGAUGCGUGCACUUGAUGAAAACCCUGACAGUAAUGAAGGUUUUAAUCUGGAAAUUGGAGACAAAAAUCUCAAAAAGAAUGCACCAAAGGGAAAGCAAAUGCAUACCCACAGUCAAAUUUUUAAAUAUGCGUAUGGGCAAAUUGAGAAGGAGAAAGCUCUGCAGCAGCAGAACAAGAAUUUGACCUUUUCAGGAGUUAUUUCAAUGGCUACUGAUAAUGAUAUCAGGACCAGACCUGUGAUUGAGGUUGCCUUCAAAGAUCUGACCCUCACUCUAAAAGGGAAGAACAAGCAUCUCCUGAGAUGUGUUACUGGGAAAAUUGUGCCUGGACAUGUUUCUGCCGUCAUGGGCCCCUCAGGAGCUGGAAAGACAACUUUUCUAUCUGCGCUGGCUGGAAAAGUAACUGGAUGCACAAUGACUGGUUUAGUCCUUAUAAAUGGAAAGGCUGAAUCCAUCCGUUCAUACAAGAAAAUUAUUGGGUUUGUCCCACAAGAUGAUAUUGUGCAUGGUAACUUGACAGUGGAAGAGAAUUUAUGGUUUAGUGCAAGGUGCAGAUUAUCGGCUGACAUGCCAAAACCAGAUAAGGUUCUAGUAGUUGAAAGAGUUAUUGAAUCCUUGGGGCUACAGGCAGUACGGGAUUCCUUGGUUGGAACAGUAGAGAAGCGUGGGAUCUCUGGAGGCCAAAGGAAACGAGUAAAUGUUGGACUUGAAAUGGUCAUGGAACCUUCACUGUUGAUAUUAGAUGAACCCACAUCUGGUUUGGACAGUUCAUCUUCACAGUUGCUACUUAGGGCACUUCGACGUGAGGCAAUGGAAGGGGUAAACAUCUGCAUGGUGGUUCACCAACCAAGCUAUUCAUUGUUCAGAAUGUUUGAUGAUUUGAUACUUCUAGCCAAAGGUGGCCUUACUGUGUAUCAUGGACCAGUGAAAAAAGUGGAAGAAUACUUUUCAGGCCUUGGGAUCAAUGUUCCUGACCGUGUAAAUCCACCAGACCACUUCAUUGACAUUUUGGAGGGUAUAGUAAAACCAAGCAUAAGUUCAGGUGUAAGCUAUAAACAGCUUCCUAUCAGAUGGAUGCUUCACAAUGGAUACCCAAUACCCCCAGAUAUGCAGCAGAAUUUAGCUGGGAUUGAUGUGUCAUCUAAUACUGCAAAUCCAAGGAAUGAAAUAAACUCUGCUGGUGCUGGAGCCGUGGAACAAUCUUUUGCUGGAGAUUUAUGGCAGGAUGUGAAGCGUAAUGUCGAACUUAAGAAGGAUAGCAUCCAGCACAAUUUCUUGAAGUCCAAGGAUUUAUCUGAUCGAAUAACUCCUGGUGUAUUCCAGCAAUACCGGUACUUUCUUGGGAGGGUUGGUAAGCAACGGCUACGAGAGGCUAGAAUACAAGCAGUUGAUUUUCUGAUCUUAUUACUUGCUGGAGCCUGUUUAGGAACACUUGCUAAAGUGAGCGAUGAAACCUUUGGUGCUGUUGGUUAUACAUACACUGUCAUUGCAGUUUCUCUCCUAUGCAAGAUUGGAGCUUUGAGAUCAUUUUCUCUGGACAAGUUACACUACGGCAGAGAGAGAGGUUCAGGAAUGAGCAGCCUGGCUUAUUUUCUAUCAAAAGAUACAAUUGACCAUUUCAAUACGGUCAUCAAGCCUCUGGUUUAUCUUUCCAUGUUUUAUUUCUUCAACAACCCCAGAUCUUCCUUCCAAGAUAAUUAUGUCAUUUUGGUCUGCCUUGUCUACUGUGUGACUGGAGUGGCCUAUGUGUUUGCUAUCUUCCUGGAGCCCAGUCCAGCCCAACUGUGGUCAGUGAUUCUACCUGUUGUUUUGACGCUCAUUGCAACUCAGCAGAACAAUGGUGUAAUUGUGCAAAAUCUAGCCAAAUUAUGCUAUACAAAGUGGGCUUUGGAAGCAUUUGUGAUUGCAAAUGCUGAAAGGUACUCUGGAGUGUGGUUGAUUACUCGUUGUGGUUCACUUAUGACUAAUGAUUACAAUCUUACUGCUUGGAAUCUUUGUCUUCUCAUCCUCUUCGUCACUGGUGUAAUUAGUCGAGCAGUGGCUUUCUUUUGUAUGGUUACUUUCGAAAAGAAGUAAGUCUAGAUAUUCAUUUUUGUGCACAAGAGUCAACUACAGUUUUGGGAGUUGUAACAUAGUAACUUUCUCAUCAUGUACCACUCUUGGAAAUAAUAAAAGAUUCUCUAGUCAAACAGUACUACUGGCUAACAUGACAGAUAAUUAUGUAAACCACAGGCUGAUACAAAACCACAUUGUACUUGAGAAUUUUGAUGGUUAUGAUUAUUGAAUAAUUGAAAUAGCCAUUCCAAUUAAGUGGAGUUAUUUCUUCUUCUCUC